GAUGAGCAAUUAUAACAAUGCCGUAUUAGAGGAUGCUGGAGUGCUCGCUGAAGGAUUAGUUGGACUUAGAAUAAAGGCCUGGUGGCCAUUUGAUGAGAUGUUCUAUGAUGGCCUAAUUCAAUCUUACAACCCUCUAACGAAAAAGCGCAAGGACAUGGUAAUUCUUCCUUACAAAGACAGCCUUCUGUUAUUCAGUUGGUAUCUGCAACAAUUUGAUUUGGAUGGCAAUCGGGUCAAUCAAGGGCUUACUGUUUAUGGGAAUAAAGGAAGCACAGAUCAGCAUGCGUGUCGAAGCUGGGAAAAAGGCAGCAGCAGAAGUAUUUGCUCAUCAUAAACGGGUUCUGGCUGUACUCAGUGAGGCCAGGUAUCUUACUAUAACAAGCUUGUCUAAGAUGGAAACUAUCAGCUCUUAAGGAACGGGGAACACUUAAAGAAACUAUUGAGUGGGGGGUGGUAGAAACAUGGAUAAGAAGAAAGCAAGCUCGUAGGCAUUGCAGAUGAUGGACAGAAAGAGAUCCGCAUUGAAAGGGCAGAUGAAUUUGGCCGAAUAUUAACCCCAAAGGAAGCGAAGCUUUCCGAUUGCUUUCCCAUAAAUUUCAUGGAAAAGGGCCUGGCAAAAUGAAGCAAGAGAAGCGCAUGAAGCAAUACCAGGAAGAGUUGAAGUUGAAGCAGAUGAAGAAUUCAGACACGCCUUCUUUGUCUGCAUAGAGGAUGAGGGAAGCUCAAGCUCAAAUGAAGACACCUUAUCUUGCGCUUAGUGGUCAUGUUAAGCCUGGUCAAAACAGUGAUCCAAGAAUGAAGUCAGAUCCACCAUUGAGAAGGAUCCCGGGAGCUUAACGCCCAUUGCUUGGAGAUAGGAAGGUCAGUGUCGACCCAAGUUUGUUGCUUUUUCAUCUCUAAAUAUAGAGCGCAAAGAACAAAUAGAGAAAGCAGGGGAGAAAGAACGAAUGAGAAAAGAAAAACAAGAGAGGGAAAAAAAGAGAAGCUGAGGGGAAAGCUGGCAGCAGAACAUGAUCAUCUAUCGACUGGAGUCCAAGAUAAGGGAAUUACGGCAAGUCAACAAAAGUUUAAUCAUGCAGUACACACAAUUGAUUCUCUGUAGUCAACAUGAUUCCAACAAUCUGGACAUUUGUUGUUCUGCAUAGCAUGCUGUGGAAGAGAAAGAUGAGUUUUUAACACCGGCAAAUGAGGAAGAGUCAAUUGUAUCAUCUGAACCUAUUGUUGAUGCUGAAAGCAAGGUGGCUAAUAGUUAUAUAGAUGCAGAA